AUGCUCGAAGUAUUGUCAGACGCAUCGACUCUCGUCGCCUCUGCAACGCAAAGUUCAAGCACCUCUGAGGUUUGACUUUCCAUUAAUUAGUGAACUCGUUUAGCUCAAGAUUUUUAGAACUGCUAUAAAAAAAUAAUUAUGGGUAUUUUAAAAAAAUCCUGAAAAAAACUCAAUUAUCGAGUUCAAAAAAAGAUGAUUACAAAGUUUUCUCGUUGAAAGCUGUGUUCUUAGUGGAUACUUUUUUUGUAGGUGGUUUUUUUAAAUUUGCACCUGGUUCAUUGAAAAUUUUUUUGGAAGUUAUAAAAAAAUAUUUAAAGUUUUUCAUGAAGGAUUCUUCUUGUCAGUUCUAUUCCAACUUUUCAUUAAAAAAAUUUUUUUACUGUAAGAAACCCAUAGCCAAACUUUGAAAAAAGUUUUUCAAUCUUUUUGUUGCAAUCCACUUCAUUUAUACCUUGAAAAAUUUGAAUAAUAUGCAAAUUUCUCUAUUUUCAAAUUUUUUAACAUCAAGCUUAUGUUUUGCUUUGAAAGGGUUUAGAAAAAAACAAAAAUUUUACAAUAAAAACGAAACAUUUCAUUUUUUUACGAGUUUUUUUUCCAGAUCAUAAUGACAUCGACAAAAUCAAUUUGUGCUUUGGAAGGAAUUGUGGAAACGUCAGCCAAUGUAAGGUGAACUUAUUUAUCAAGAAGUAAGAAUUGCUUGCAGAAUUUGGAGCUGAUUGAGAAAUUCAUCGAUGAGUUUUCUGAAGGUUGCGGAGAUGUUCCUAUCCUGUGAGUUGAUGAAAAAAAUAUAAACUUUUUUUGAAUACUUGAAAAAAAUUGUCUACACAUAAAUUCAAGAUGCCUUUAUGUUAUUGUAUGUUUUAUCAAUUGUAAGCAAAAACCGAUUUUUUUUUUCUAAAGCAAGAUGACUUCUGUCUGACUAAAAAAAUAUCACUGAUGUUAAAUUGAAACUCAAAAAAAUUUCGUAAAAAUUUUUUUGAUGUUUUCUGUUUUCGAACAACUUUUUUUCAAAUAAAACUGUUGUUCUUUUUUUUUGUUAUAUUACAAAGUUUUAAAGUCCGUAAGCUAAUAAAUGAGCAUGGAAAAGAGAAUUUUAAAUAAGUUAACAAAAGUUAAAAACAUUAGAUUACAGUUUCCCGACUUCGAAGCUUAAUAUCCACCGAUCACAAUUUUUUCUAACUUUUCUUUAAAAUCUCUAUUCUAAGAAAAAAAAAGCACACAUUACAGACUUCUAUCAGACUUUUCACUCAUUUCUAAGUCUUGCAAAAAAACUUCUGAAUUUUAUAAAUUACAGAAUGGACCCUGUGACGGAUGUAAAUCAUAAGUUGCAAGACAUCGAACGUCAGAACUUUUAUUGCGCUUCCGAAGUUGGUAGUUCGAUCGGGUCUCCGUCGGUCGAUUCAUUUUCGGACAGCGAGAAAGACGUUACCUCUCCUUGAAAUCUCAUUGUUAUUGAAUUAUUUGUGAAAUUCUUCGGCAAAGCUGAUUCUCUUCCCCUCGACACGGUUUUUCAUUUCAUAUUUAUUUUUUUAAACGGGUUUUUUUAUAUGUUUUUUUGUGUACUCCAAAAAAAUAAAGACUCUAUUUUUUUAUUGAUUUUAUAGUUGAUUGUUAUACUUGCAGCUUUAUUUUUUUGACGUUUUAUUUUUUUAAUUUUUUUAAUACACCGGUCACGCAGUUCACCUUGCUUUAUGCUAGCAGAAUGGGCGGUCCUCCUAGCCCUGGCAAGGCAACGAGGAUAACCAGACCACAAAAAAGCUAAAACACGUUCAACAAGACGGCCCCAGUCCUCCGCCCGUCGGUCACGCGCCUCUCCGGUAUCGGGGGCUGCCUCUGCCGACGAGGGGCGAUCAAAUCUCGGAGCAACAGGAUACCAUAGAAACGGACUACGGACGCGCCACGGUUACUGUCUACGUUUCGGAACCUUCAACUGCCGCUCGCUCGCUUCCGAUGCAGCAAAAUAGCAAUUGCUCGAGGCAAACCGAAACGCACUCAUCGACAUAGUGGCGCUCCAGGAAACCAAAUCUCAAGAAACCAGCUGCAAGACUUGGCCAAACGGUGAACUUCUCAUCCUCGGCCACAAAGUCCCUGGGAAGAACGUCGGCGGCGUCGGCUUCCUCGUCAAUCGCUCGGUCCAACACCUUGUCGACUCGCACGAAAUCGUCAACGCCCGCCUCGGCAUCCUCCGACUCAACCACGUUCUGGGUGACUUCGUUCUGGGUGAUGGGCAAGUACGCCACUCCCUCGAUUCGUCACGGGAAGCACGGACUCGGAACUCGGAACGACAACGGUGAACGCCUAGCCGAACUUCUCGACUCCAGAAGGCUCUACCACGGCAACUCUCUCUUCGAGAAGCCUGAUCAGAGACGCUGGACCUGGAAAUCACCCAACGGAGACACCACCAACGAGAUCGACCACAUUCUGGCCAACCGGAAAUGGUCUCUCCUCGACGUUGCCGUACUACCCAGUUUCGACGUUGAAUCCGACCAUCGACUCGUUCGCGCCAAAAUCCGCCUGAACCAGAAGCUUCUGAAGAAAGACUACCACCAGCCCUCGAGACCGAGAAGACCAACCUACGACAUCACCACGUUGGAGGAGAAGAUCUCGGAGCACGACUGGCAGCUUCCCGACGACCCGACAGCCGACUACGAAUCCCUCUGCAAUGGCCUCAUCAGAUGUGCAGAACCUGCAGCUUGACCAACCUCUUCUCUACCGCCGCGACUCGACCAACGAGCGAAAGAUCUGCUGCGAAGAAGAGGAGAAGUCAAACGAGACCCGCAGGCCACGCACCUCGAACGUCUGACGAUCGACAAAGCCUGCAGAAUGACCGUGCAAGAGUCCCUCGCCAACCGACGCAGGAGUGCACUUCUUCAGACAGCUGAGAAACGUCAAAGCCUCAAGAAGAAGAAGUUCGAGCUUGUCGACGAGCGAACGGUGAUGACAGCACUGAAGGACGAGAACGGCCAGCUGAAGUCGUCAAGGAACGAGAUGGAGCGCCUGACGGUCGACUACUACACGAAACUCUUCCGAAGCGACGUUCCCGUUCCCAGAACACCAACGCCGCCUUCAACUCCAUCAAAGAAGUCACCAGCCAACUGAAAGACCCGAAACUGCGAGCUCACAUCUUUGAAGCGUCGAUAAUCCCUGCCAUCUCCUACGGUACCGAAGUUUGGCCUGACACGAAGAAAAAUGCAACCGCCCUACGAACUUCCUACCGCGCACUGGAACGUGCUGUCAUCGGCACCACUCGCUUCGAGAAGUGGAAAAAAGAACCGACGAGCAUAGACCUCUGUCAACUGUCCCAAAUCCGGGAUCUAGAAGAGCACAUACAGUGCGGGAAACAUCGUUGGGGCGGCCACGUCAUCCGCAGACAAGACGACCGCUGGUCCACGAGAUUAACACACUGGAUUCCGAGAAACAACAAGCGCCCAUCGACCAGAUGGACGGACUACUUCCGCAAGAACAUCAGUCAGCCAGGCCGCCACUGGAUGACCGUCGCGCAAGACCGAGCCGCCUAG